UAAGGAAGUUACGCAAAGAAAUAGCUCGAAUAUAAUAAGUGUGUAUGUGAAUGUUCAGGACUUUUCAGUUUGAAUGCGAAUAAUUCACUUCGCACUUCACGAAAACCGUCAUUCCCCAUGACGACUCGGUCUGUGAUUGGUCGAAACGGCCCAAGACGCCCAAUGGCCAUUUGUUUGGCAUAUUAGGUUAUGUUUCCCCAGGCUUGGCUUGCCAGUUUGGGUGAGAAAUACCAGAAUUUUUGACCGCACAAUUCGCCAAUGCCCCGCAAUGGAGAAACCCAUUAAGAAGGAGAAAAACAAAAGUGACGAGGAUGGGGUGGAAAUCAUCCGGCUGGAUAUCGAGCAGGAGAACCGCGACGACGAGAAAGACGAUGAUAAGAAGGACGAGUCUCCAAAGACAGCCAAGGAUCUUUUCUCCGACUUUAAGCCUGAUUCGGGCAGCGAACCCGAAUUGGAUGGAGCGGAGUCUGAUGAGGAUGACGACGAGCCCCUAGCCAAAAGAAUCAAGAAAGAGCAUCCAACUGCUGGAAGGAAGAAACGGGAUAAGACAAGUGGGGCUAACUUUAAGAAAGUGUAUCCGCAAAAAUACAAAAAAGAAUGGGAAGACAUCCCAACAGUGAAACCUUGGCUAUCAGAGAGCGUGCAUGGAGAAACCUACUUUUAUUGCAAAUUCUGUAAAAAGGACUACAAAUCCGGAAAAUCUGAAGUAUUCAAGCAUAUGUCUUCUAUGAAGCACAAGAAAAACAUCACACAGCCACCAUCGGAGAAAAUUAUUAAAAAACAAAUGAUGAGGUUCAGGGGCCUUCUCUGUCCAGUGGUUACUCCUUUUGCGAAGUCACGAACGAAGGACGUGUCUUACGAACUGAUCAAGCCGUAUGUGAAAUUCCUCAAAGCUUGUGGAGUGAAGGGGAUUUUGGUUAAUGAUGUUGUGGGCGAGGGAAUGUCAUUAUCCGUGACCGAGCGAAAGAAGCUGCUGGACUACUGGGCGGUUCAUUGCAAAGAAUAUGGAAUAUUUCUGAUGGUUCAGAUUGGUGGGGUGCCACUUCGCAGCGUUUAUGAGCUGGCAAUGCACGCAGAAAAAACUGGAGUUGGAGCCGUUGUCCUCCUCCCGGAUCUCUAUCACAGACCAGAAACCCAUUUGGAUUUGAUAAGAUACAUUAAAACCGUCUCAAACCACACUGGAUCCAUGCCGAUUUUAUACCACCACUUUCCCAAGUACACGAAACUGGAUCUGGAUAUGAAAAAGUUUCUGUUGGAUAUUACUGGUGAAGUGGACACUUUCGUGGGCUUGAUAUACAGCACUGGGGACCUUCAAGAGACUGUUUCCGUAAUGGAGCUGAAUCCUGAGAAGUUUGUUGUAUUUAUGGGCACUGACGAAGGCAUGUUGGGAGCGGUGGCCAGCGGAUUUACGUGCAUUAUGGGGAAUAGCUUGAGCAUAUUGCCGAAACUAGCCGAAUCGAUAUGCUCUUGCAUGAAAAACGGGGAAAUCAAGAGCGCCCAAGCCUCCCAAACCCUAUUGACUAAGGCAGUUACUAAUAUUUACAGUCACGGCGAAAUGGUACCAACUUUAAAGGCUGCAAUGACCAUCAUCACGAAACUGCCGAUGGACGUUGUAAGGGAACCGCUUCAAACCCUCUGGGACGGCACUGUCAACAGAAUGCGGGAAAAGUUGCGCGAAAUCGGUAUCAUUUAAGAGAAACCCACCCUGGAUGGGCAAUUUUACAUCAAAGUCGUUGAGAGAUCGGGGUCUGAUCCGAACGAUUUGGGUUCAUUUUUCAAUUGAAACUAUUAUGCCCAUAAUGUGUAUGCGUGUGAUGUUUUGUACAUUUUAAACAUCGGACUGGAUUGUGGUAGUUUCAAUGAACUGGCUUGAUUUCAUUAAAUGGGACUCAGAUUAAAAUACACUCCUGGAACAUGUAAAAAAUGGUGAAUUUUGAUAUCCGCAGCUUUGCUUAGUUCUGUUACGUUAUUAGAUAAUUUGUAAAAA